CGGCAGUGUUGACAGUGGCCCGCCAGCUGUAAAACGAAUACUUCCAUGGCACAGCAGCUCUGAUGGUCCAGCUACUCCAGGACACACAUCCAGGAGGGUCAGGCCUUGCAUGCUCUGCCCUCUUCUGCUCUGGAUAAAUGGCUCCAUAAUGGUGGAUGUGGAGGUUGGAGUGUCAAUGACAGUCACUCUCCUGCUGCUCUGGUUUGGGUUGUCUCUAUCCUCUUCUAGCCUCUCUCAGGCUGGGUCCUCCCAGUACUUCAGCUCCGCAGAGGUAGUGAUCCCCUUGAAGGUGACCAACAGGGACAGAGGAGCAAAGGUUCCAGGAUGGCUCUCUUAUAGCCUGUGGUUUGAGGGCCAGAGACACACUGUCCACAUGAGAGUGAAAAAGUUCUUGGUUUCUAGACACUUCCCAGUGUUCACCUACACGGAGCAGCAUGCCCUCCUCCAGGACCAGCCGUAUGUCCCUGAUAACUGUUAUUAUCACGGUUAUGUGGAGGGUGCCCCUAAGUCCCUGGCUGUUCUCAGUACCUGUUUUGGGGGCUUUCGAGGAGUGUUACAGAUAAAUGACCUCACGUAUGAAAUCGAGCCCAUAAGGCAUUCUGCCACAUUUGAACACCUGGUUUAUAAGAUAAACAGUAAUCUGACACAAUUCCCACCCAUGAAGUGUGGCUUAGCAGAGAAGGAAAUAGCACACCAACUUCUGAAAUCUGAAGAGGCUGAGAACUCAGCUCUGAAACGAAAUUCGUCUGGUGACUGGUGGACCCAUGCAUGGUUUCUGGAGCUGGUUGUGGUGGUAGACCAUGAUUUUUUCAUUUACUCCCAAAGCAACUUCUCAAAGGUACAGGAGGAUGUAUUUCUCGUGGUGAACAUGGUGGAUUCCAUGUAUCAGCAGUUGAACACAUACGUGAUUUUGAUUGGGAUUGAGAUUUGGAAUCAAGGGAAUAUUUUCCCAAUGACAACCAUAGAACAGGUUCUGCAAGACUUUGCACGCUGGAAACAAAUCAGUCUUUCCCAGCUACAGUAUGAUGCGGCACAUAUAUUUAUAAAAAGCUCAUUUAUAAGUAUACUUGGCCUAGCCUAUGUUGCAGGAAUAUGUCGCCCUCCUAUUGAUUGUGGAGUUGAUAAUUUCCAAGGAGACCCCUGGUCUCUUUUUGCCAAUACUGUGGCCCAUGAACUAGGUCAUGUGCUGGGUAUGCAGCAUGAUGAGAAAUUCUGUGUUUGUGGGGAAAUAGGUUGCAUUAUGAAUGCUUUCAGAGUACCAUCAGAGAGAUUCACCAACUGCAGUUAUGCGGACUUUAUGAAGACCACUUCCAACCAGGGAUCAUGUCUGCAUGACAGUCCAAGACCAGGGAAAAUCUUUAUGGUAAAGCGCUGUGGGAAUGGUGUGGUUGAAAGAGAAGAGGAGUGUGACUGUGGCUCUAUACAGCAGUGUGAACAAGAUCCCUGUUGUCUGAUGAACUGCACUCUGAGGCCCGGGGCCGCUUGUGCUUUUGGGCUGUGUUGCAAAGAUUGUAAGUUCAUGCCAUCAGGGGCACCCUGUAGGAGACAGGUCAAUGAAUGUGACCUUCCAGAGUGGUGCAAUGGGACAUCCCAUCAAUGUCCAGAAGACAGCUACGUGCAGGAUGGGAUCCCCUGUAGUGACAAUGCCUACUGCUAUCAGAAGAGAUGUAAUAACCAUGACCAACAGUGCAAGGAGAUCUUUGGCAAAGAUGCGAAGAGUGCACCUCAGAACUGCUACAAAGAAAUCAACUCCCAGGGAAAUCGUUUUGGCCACUGUGGUAUAAAUGGCACGACAUUCCACAAAUGUAAUGCUGCGGAUAUCUUUUGUGGGAGAGUUCAGUGUGAGGGUGUGAGCAAUAUUCCCAGUCUUCAAGAUCAUUUUGCCUUGCAACACAUUAACAUCAAUGGUGUCAUUUGCUGGGGUGUCGCCCAUCAUUUAGGUAUGGAUACAUCUGACAUUGGUGAAGUGAAAGAUGGCACUGCAUGUGGUCCAGGAAGGAUCUGCAUCCACAGGAAGUGUGUCAGUCUGUCUGUCCUGCCACAAGACUGCUUUCCUGAGAUCUGCAAUAUGAACGGAGUCUGCAAUAACAAGCAUCACUGCCACUGUGCUGAUGGGUGGUCCCCACCCUAUUGCCUGUACACAGGCUAUGGCGGCAGUGUUGACAGUGGCCCGCCAGCUGUAAAACGAAUACUUCCAUGGGUACUAAUGAUUCUCAUUGCUUUAUCUGUUUUGUUUUGUCUGAUGCCUGUAGUACUUUACGUGUAUCUUCUAAAAGCUUAAGGCCCCAAGGAGAUUAAGACUCUCUCAUCAGGUUACAAACAUGUCUCUAAUACAAUACUCCCUGCAUUAUUAAGUUUUAGUCUAUUGGCAAUAAAAAUGUUAUCACAUGCCUAAAACUAAAUACAUUUCUGACAGUUUAUAGAAAGGUGCAGGGAGCUUUCCUUCCAUCAGUACUAGAAAUAUUGUUGUUAAGUAAUCCCUAGUAUGUCCCUACCUACCAUUCAUUGUUUGGUGCAGCAAAUAAACUCCAUUUCCUGGACCUUGUGGAUUUAGU